AAUAUACAAUUCAACUAUCAGCAGCUUAAACUGUUAUAAUAUUCUUGAACCAAAUCCCUCUAAAGUAAGUAUAAAAUAUGAAAUACAUAGACGGCCAGCCAGCAAAAUAGUUGAAGAAUAAAACAUGCAGUGCCAAGUGUAUGGGAAAUAGUGAGUGUUGCCGUCUCAGAGCUAUGAAAUUGUAUUGAAGCUGUUGGAUUGAGCCAAAGAAUCUGCCGGCCAACUCACACAAUAUUGUUACCAAAUCUUUCUGUUCCCAGAGAGACUUAACUUAACACUGUUUUCUUAUCUCAGAUUCCCAGUACAGCCACUAAUCCACCACAGUAUUUUGAUUGUUUUCUUCCUGAGAUUCAAAGUAACAACAAAAACAGAGGAAGAUGAUGAACAGAGGAAACACGAAUGCAGCAAGGAAAGUGGUUAGACAAGACUUAGACGAGGAAUCUUUGGUUCUGUUUCGCGAGAUGCACAAGCACGAAAAGGAUGAGGUCGCCAGCCUUCUUCUCCCGGUUUCUGAAGAACUUGAAUCCAAUGAUGCAGGAGGAGGCUAUGGACUGUACAGAGUUACAUCUGGAAGAAAGAAUGAUUAUGACUGGUUAAAAACUCCUCCGGCAACACCAUUAUUUCCAUCACUGGAAAUGGAAGCAAACUCUCCAGCUUUACUCAUUCAAAGGGAAUUGCCCAUUGUUCAGCCUCUUCUCCCUUCCAGGUUUUCAGACAAUUCAAAGGGCACAAGAACAAUCCCAGCAAGAUCCUCAUCUCCAAGUCCAAAAACCACAAAAAUUUCUCCUGCAAAUCUGGCAGCACCUCAUAGAAAGAGCUCUACAAGAUCAUCAGUUGUGCCUGCAGCGCUGAACCUUAAGUUGAACAAAUCCAACAACGGCGCCGUGGCCGGUGAAAAAUGGAACACAACAUUGUCGUCGUCGAGUGUUUCUUCUGCAAAGUCCGGCAUUGUCAAGAACAAAGAAAGCAACCUGAAUCUGUUGGCUUCCAACCUGUCGAAAUCCUUGGGUCCAAUGGAUUCUUCUCCGGGCACCAAUAAUAAGCAGCCCAGAAGCAGAGGAGUUUCGCCGCUGGUGAGGUCCAAGAUCCCCGCCCAGUUCCCUGGAUUUUCCGAUGAAACGCCGCCGAAUCUGAGGACCGACAGAUCGGUUUCAGCCGCCCGGGGACGCUCAGAUCAUCAACACAAGCAACAAAUCCAAACGAUUAUCCCAAAUCAAAGACCAUCGUCGGUGUCCCGGACGAGGAGACAGUCGUGCUCCCCGAGUGUGGGUCGUGGCCGGAAAACACCGCAGGUUAGUGAAGGAAACGGAAACAAAGAAGCCAAGGUUACUAGGAUUAUGCAACAUGGGAAUCCGCAGGUUUUGGGGAGUAGAAUGGUGGACAAGUUUCUCAACGCCAGAAAGGCUUCCUCAAUCCAGGAAGGGAUUAAUAAUGAUAACAAAGCUGGGAAACUGAUGAACGGCUCCUCCAUUAAUGAGAGCUCUGGUUUUGGAAGAAUGAUGUCUAGAAAUUCCCUCAACAUGGCUCUCAAACACAUGGAGAUUAAGCAAAUAGAGUCCAAUAAAAAUGGGAUGGCUACGGCAAGAAAAUCAACGUCAAACAUGAGGGGCAGCAGCAUCAGCAGUAGACCCACUUCUAAUGGUAACACCUUCUUAUGAAUUUUUAU